AUGCCACCGACCAAUGUGACUACCUCCACCGCAAUCACCUCCUCCUCAAUCGCCUCCUCCUCCUCCUCCUCCUCUUCUGCCGUCCUCCAACAUAUUCAGUCUCACAGGGAUGUACCGGUCGAACAAUUAUUCACCAAGCUCGAUAUAGUUGGUAAGGGCGCAUAUGGGGCUGUUUAUAAAGGUAUUCACAAUGCCACUCGAACCGUCUUAGCACUCAAGGUUAUCAAUCUCGACACAGCAGAGGAUGACAUAAUCGAAAUCCAACGUGAGGUCGCACUCUUAUCUCAACUAAGGGACUCGGACAAGCACAACUGUAUAGGCUAUCAUGGCUGCUACUUCUACAAGACCGAGCUGUGGAUCGCAAUGGACUUCGCCUCAGGUGGCUCGAUCAGGACUCUCCUCAAACCUGGCAAGAUCGAUGAGAAGUACACUCAACUAAUCAUUCGAGAAACCCUGAUCGGCCUCAACUAUCUCCAUCGACAAGAGAUCAUUCAUCGUGAUAUCAAAUCUGCCAACAUCCUCCUCACCAAUUCUAAUCGGGUCCUACUCUGCGAUUUCGGUAUCGCCGCUCCACUCCAAUCUACCAAUCACAAGCGUUCGACCUUCAUCGGGACUCCCUACUGGAUGGCCCCCGAAGUGAUCACCGAUGGGAAACUCUACGAUACCAAGGCGGAUAUCUGGUCACUUGGGAUCACCCUCUACGAAAUGUUGAACGGCAAUCCACCCUUCUCCGAUCUCACCCCUGCCAAGGUCAUCCUCAAGAUCCCUCGAAGUCAGCCUGCCAAACUCGAGGGAAAUCAAUUCUCCAAUGGCGUCAAAGAAUUCUUAGCUGCCUGUCUGAUCGACGAGCCAAACGAUAGACCGGCGGCUGAGGAACUCUGUAAGCAUAAAUGGAUCAAGUCCAUCAACAAGGCUCCAUUAUCCCCACUCAAAGAUCUCACCGCAAGAUAUUCGAGGUGGAUCAACUCGGGUGGCGUCCGGCAAUCUCUCGCUGACAUCUCAACACUAGAUCAAACCAAUCCUGGCCCUGAAUCACCUCCACUCGACAAAGCUGACUGGGACUUUAUGGAUGAUCACGAACUGAAUAGCUACAAGAUGGAUGGAAUCAACUCAAUCGACCCCAACGACCAAUCACAUGAUUCUAAGGAUGGCGCAGUCACAUUGAGACCACAACAAGCAGCACCUAUGAGACCAACAAGACCUCAUCGUUUGAUGAAAUUAUUUGAAGAGGAUACGAACGAAAAUGGCCCAUCGAUGUUCAAUCAAUUUAGCUUCCAACACUCCUAUGCCAAUCCAAUCUCUCCCGGUAACAAUUCAUAUGGCACUUCAGGUCAAUCAUCUCCCAUCGUCGGCCUUGGUUUCCCUGUACCUGGGAUGUCUGGAUCCCAAAAUGAUUUGAGAAUGGAGAUCCCUCCUCCAACCAUCUCAAUCCCUAGCACCGAUGAAUUAGACCACUUCUUAGAGCCUCCAUACACCGGAGAUCCAUCCAAUCCCAACCGCCCAUUCUCUCCGUCUACUUCAUCUUACAAUCGCUCAAUUACCCCCACACCCUCCAGAUUGAAACACUCUGCCUCAGGAACAUUAUCUAACAAGAACAAGUCAACAACCGAUGGAUCGAAUACGGCUCCUCUCUUGCACAGCCCUCCCCUGGGUCCUGAUACCCACUGCAAUCCUUCCAAAAUCCUUCCUGUAGGAGUUUCACCCGCACCCCUUCCCUCUUCACCAUCAUUGCCACUGGUAUCCAAGAAAGAAUCUGAGACGGGCAACCCGACAUCGAAUCGCAGCAGGGCAAACACUGCACCACUGGUCGUCGAUGGUAAACUCCCAUCGACUGCUAACGGCCCUGCCCUUCCCUCACCAAUGUUCAAUCGCGGGAACUUUUCCGGGGGGAAUGGCGGGAAACAAUUUGGUGGGAAUGGGUUCAGUUUUGGUGGACCUUCGGCAUCAUCUACCAGUAGCUCGCCCGUCACCCUGUUAGGCGUCGGCAACUCGAACGAAUCCAACUCGAGUUACUUGGCCACGAACGCGCCAAACCACGCCAGUUCGAAUCCUAAUGCGGUCCACUCUCACGUGCUUCACCCGACCGAGAGCGGAACAUGA